AUGAAAGGUACUAAACAAAAAUAACCAGUUCCAACCAAAGCACCAAGUAAAACUACUACCACGACCACUGCUUCUGGCCAAAGAAAUCCUGCCACCGCUAACAGAAAUUCUAAGGAGGCCUUUGUGAAGAAGCUUUAAAUCUGCAUGAAGCACUACGAUUAUAAAGACGAGACAAAGGAUGUGAGAGGCAAGACUGAGAGACUUAAUGCUAUCAAUGAGCUUCAAUAAAUGCUUAGUGAUCAAAAGAAUGUUGCCACUCUUAUUAUUCCUAAUUUAGACGAGGUCAUGCAAAUGAUAGAGAAAAACAUCUUCAGACCAUUACCUAACGUUAAUAAGAAAAACCUGGCCUUCUCAGAGACAGGUAUGGACCAAGAGGAAGAGGUCGAUCCAGCUUGGCCCCAUUUACAAGGAAUCUACGAAUUUUUCCUAUAACUUGUCAUAAAUGAAGCCGUCGAUGUUAAAUCAUUGAAAGUCUAUGUGACCCCAUAAUUCGUCCAAGAAUUCUUAGAGCUUUUCGAUUCUGAGGAAUCAGUUGAGAGAGACUAUCUGAAGAAUAUCCUCCAUAAGCUUUACGCUAAGUUGGUGCCCAGAAGAAAGAUGAUCAGAAAGGCAAUUAACGAGUGCUUCUACUCUUUGAUUCACGAAACUCAUAAAUUCAAUGGAGCUGCUGAGCUUUUGGAUAUUCUCGCAUCUAUUAUCAGUGGAUUCGCGGUACCUCUAAGAGAUGAGCACGUUAUUUUCUUCAAAAAUGUUAUCAUUCCUCUUCAUAAGGUUCAAACUUGCUCCCAAUUCUAUGAACAGCUAUUGAGAUGCUCAAUGCUUUUCUUGACAAAGGACAGAACCCUCGCUAUUCCACUUCUAGAAGGUCUGUUGAAGUACUGGCCCUUCGCCAACUGCAUUAAGGAGACAUUAUUCUUGACUGAGCUACAAGAAGUCCUUGAGGUUUGUGAAGUCGAUAAAGUUGAGCACUUAAUCCCCAAAUUAUUCAAGCGUAUCGUUAGAUGCAUUGGAGGCAUCCACCUGCAGGUAGCUGAUAGAGCUAUGUGCUUCUUUGAGAAUGAUUACUUCUUGAACAUUCUCAAAACUUACAAGGAUAAGACCUUCCCAAUGCUCGUCCCAGUCAUUGUUGAUCUCGCUGAUAACCACUGGCACAAGAUCUUGCAAGAGAGUUUAAUCGCUCUUAAGACUAUUCUUAAGGAAAUCGAUCCAUUUGCUUUCGAGGAGGCUCUUAGAAUGAAUGCUAACCAAAAGAAACAGUUCGCAGUCAAACAAGACGAGGAUGACAGAAAGAACUUCGAUAAGAAGUGGGAGAGACUUAAUAACAAACUCAAACAACAAGAUGGCUCUUAUGCAGAACCCGAAUAUCCAUUCAAACAAUCAAAUCUAAUAAGAGACUUCAACGAACUUUAUCAAAAGAUAUAUGACAAGGAGAAGUAUAUCAACCUCUGA